GUUAUCUCGUCAAGCAAGUGCGUUCGUUCCGAAAAUUCCGUAGGCAGUUGAUGUGGCAAAUGUUAUGUGCUUAUUUUUUUCCCACUUUUUUUUAGUCUCCUUACUAUUCUCUCGACAAUAAAUUAUCAUAAUUCCGUGGGUGUUUACGCCGGACCGCCGAUCCUUCCGCGCCGGUUCUAAUGUCGUCUCCGUCCGUCGUUUUUCGCUAAGUUCUCAUGUGUUAUUCGUUCGUUUGUUUUUAAAUAAUGGUUUCGGCUUGUGUGACAACGAAUCUCGAUUUUGGAUAACGCAUUGCCAACGGAAAAGUUCGUCUCAAAAUGGCGUAGGUCGUAAACGAAGUGAACGGAAUCUGUGACGAUCGCUUUAAGCGAAGCGCGUGAAAAGAGUGCGCGUGUACUAAUCAGUGCGAAGUGGCCCGAAGAUCGUGGAGAUCGCAGUGAAGAAUGUCGUCGACGCAGUCGUACUACAAGGAUCGACUGGGCUUCGACCCCAACGAGCCCGUCGACACGACGCCUUUCGACAAGUCAAAGCAAGGCUACGAGGACAACCUGGUCAAAUUCAAAGAUGAGCGCGACGCCAUCCAAAAGAAGACAUUCACCAAAUGGGUGAACAAACAUCUGAAAAAGGUAAGCUAG